AUGUUUACAUAUUUGAAUCAGGGUUGUGAUGCAUCUGUGCUAUUAGAUGAUACAUCAAGUUUCACGGGAGAAAAGACUGCUAAUCCAAACAGUGGAUCAUUAAGAGGAUUUGAUGUGAUUGAUACUAUCAAAACUCAAGUAGAGUCAACAUGUGCUGGAGUUGUAUCUUGUGCAGAUAUUUUGGCUGUUGCAGCUAGAGACUCUGUUGUUAAACUUGGUGGCCCUAGUUGGAAUGUUUUACUCGGCAGAAGAGACUCAACAACUGCAAGUUUGAGUGCAGCAAACAAUGACAUUCCUGCACCAACUUUGAACCUAAGCAGCCUUAUUUCUUCCUUCUCUAACAAAGGUUUUAAUUCGAGGGAAAUGGUGGCACUCUCAGGAUCUCACACAAUAGGCCAAGCAAGAUGUACUACAUUCCGAGAUCGUCUCUACAAUGAAACAAACAUAAAUUCAUCAUUUGGUACAACAAUUAAAGCAAAUUGUCCACAAAAUGGAGGUGACAACAAUCUUUCUCCACUUGACACAAGUCCAACAUCAUUUGACAAUGUUUAUUACAAGAAUUUACAAAGCCAAAAGGGAAUUCUUCAUUCUGAUCAACAACUAUUUAAUGGAGGCUCAACUGAUUCUAUAGUUAACACUUAUAGUUCAAAUUCAGCCACUUUUUUCACUGAUUUUGCAAUGGCUAUGGUUAAAAUGGGUAAUCUUAGUCCACUUACUGGUACCAAUGGCCAAAUCCGCAAAAAUUGCAGAAAAAUUAAUUAAUAUUUCACAUAAAUGAGAUUCUAAAAUUUGAUCUCUAGAAUUCUAAGUGUUAUUAUGUUUUUCCUUUUGUUUUAUGGCAAAAUUUUAUGUUCUAUGUUUUUGGAGGUAAAGAUGGUAAAGUCCCUCUCCAAUAUGUAACUUUCCAAGUAUUGAAAUAAAAUAAAUAAUAUAA